CACUCACCAACUGACUCUUAUAAAAGCAAACGAAUGUUGACAUAUUUUGUGACAAAAAUAAAAAUGCGUUUCAUUCUUCUUAUCGCACUUGUUUUCGCUGUUCUUGACGGAAUAAAUUGCCAAAUUGCUGGUGGAUUGUCUGAUGUGAAUGCCUCUGAGUAUACUGGAGCAGCUUGGAAUUCGGUGCCGGAAAUAAACAGUAAGAAUAAUGGACAAAACUACAUGGUUCCAAUUAAGGUUGUUAAAGCUCAAGUUCAAGUUGUUGCCGGAACCAAUACAGUUUUGGAAGUUCUUGUUGGAGAGUCAACUUGUCCGAGACAAGGAUCAGUUCAAGCUUCUCAAGUCACUGCUGCAAAUUGUCCAUUGAAGUCUGGUGGCAAGCGUGAACUUUACAAAGUGUCCAUUUGGGAGAAACCAUGGGAAAACUUCAAGCAAACUAAGGCUGAAAAAAUCAGAGGUGUGAAACCUGAUGAAAAAAUUUAAAUUAAAUCUGGUGAAUGUAUUCUUGCUUUCUGUACUAUUUUAAAAAAUUGCUAAUAAAGAACUUUGGUUUUUG